AUGCAGGCAAGGUGACGAGUUGAUGCGAGUUCUGCUCUGAAGCAAGAUAGGGACAAGUUGUGUGCGUUAGAGGAGAAACAUUUCGAAAGAAGUAAAGUGGACAAGUAAUAUCAUAUAAUCUUUUCCGGUCAUAGACCGACUUAAAAGAAAUAGACAUGCAACGAGUUGAACGGCCGCGCAGCGGAAUGUCAACAACAUCAGGGUACGGAGACCAUGUCCAGCAACAUGAACAUACCAAAGCCGGUCCCUACCUUGAUGGCAAUCUCAAGUUGCUGGAAACGAUCGAGUGUUCAAACGGUAUACUUUGUUGUCGCUUUAAUCACGACGGAUCUCUACUGGCCAUUGGCCUCUGUGACGGCUCAAUCAAAAUACACGAUGCUGUAAAUAGCAGACUGUUAUAUAGCCUCUCUGACGAGGACACUCAGAGAAUGCGUCUCCCAGUCACACAGAUACGAUUUAGGAUAUUUGGAGACACUGACAAAGUGGAAUAUCAAAACAUGCUCAUAGCUACAUAUGCCUCUGGUAUUGUGAAGUUCUGGCACUACACAUCCCAGGCAUGCCUGCACACCAUACACGAAACACGACAUACCCUAGCCCUCGCUCUUAGUCCACUUGGACGGCGAUUCAUUACAGCUGGCAGUGAUCAACAAAUCCAUGUGUACGAUGAGGAAACCAAGAAAAAGAUCAACACUCUGGAGCCAAGUGACUCGAGAGAUAUAAUGGACGGACAUAGACAGCGGGUUUAUGCAGCCCAAUAUCAUCCGAGCACUCCUCAUGUAUUUAUCACUGGGGGCUGGGACAACACUGUACAGUACUGGGAUGACAGGGAAAGACAUUCAGUGAGACAUUUCAAUGGCCCACAUAUUUGUGGAGACUCCCUAGAAAUUGAUGCAGAUCACAAUCACAUCUUGACCGGUUCCUGGAGGAAGACCAAUGCUCUCCAGAUCUGGGACUUCCCUUCAGGAAAACUUAUAAGGAAUGUGCCCGCAGAACCACUCAAUGACAGCCUGGUAUACUGCUGUCAGUGGCUAGGGAAAGACAGUAUCAUUGCUGGUAGUUCUGGCAUGCAUAUGGCCAGAGUGAUUGACCGCGGGACACUGAAUACAACUGGUCAGAUUGUGGACCUUUCCCAGGGUGUUUACUGCCUGGACAAUGACCGACAGGGUCACCACCCAAAGAUCGCCAUCGGCAGCAGUCACUUUAUCUAUCUUCUCCGAGGGGAGAAGAAAAGUUAAAUCUCUGUAAUGGUUCUAACAAAGACAUUUAUUUGUUGUUAGCGGGAACUUUUAGAAAAUCUCAGUACCUUUUGUAGGACUUUACUUUCAAUUUGUCAUUUUAGAUUCAAAUGAGUUUAAAGUUAAACUCAUAAAAAGGUAAGCAUGUAGUGAUAUUUUGAUAAAGAACAUCAGUCAAUGAGAAGUUAGUUACCCUAGAAACUUCAAUAAAAAUAAGUGACCUUCAUUAUGACAAGUAUACCAUGUCAACCGUAUUGAAGAACCUCAAGUUUGGAUGUGAUAUUCACUGUUUUUUGUUACUGAUAUGAUACUUGUUUUGACAUCUUUGAUGUCUGUUUUGUUCCUGUUCACAUUAAUGGAAACAGUUCUUUAGUGGUAACAUAACACAAAUAGAAAUGUGUGGAAAUUUUGGGGAAUUGACUUACCAGUUAUUUUGGGGACCAAUAGUACAUAUUUCUAUAAUUAUCAUCAAACUCCUUGUUCACACAUAUUGAUUUGUAAUAUAUGUGGUUAGCUUUUGGAAACUUUGAAGCAUUACAUCUUAUACAUCACAAACAAGUGUUGUUUAUAUAGCACUGAAAUGAAAUCAUCAUGGCAUUCAGCUGAAGAGGUCAUAGCUACCAAAACAAAAUUUUAACAAUAGUGAUAUUUUGUUAGGAUAUAAUGAAGCAAAGUUAACUGAAAUAAAAUGAGGAAAAGCCUAAUCAAAGGUCAAGGUCAGAUUUUAUCUAAACCUUUUCUUUAAACAUUAUGCAGCAAAGUUGAUCAAAUAUACAUGUAAUGAGAGGGGGGCUGUGUCAGUAAAGGUCAAGAUCAGUUUUCUAUUUUAUUGUUAAUAUUUUUGUCCUGAUAUUUACCAAAGAUAGUUUUAAUUGAUGAGGACAGUAUUGGUCAAUUAUCAAGUUCAAUUGAUUUUUUUCUUAUCAACAGCUAAAUAUUUUGAAAUGAAUAACAAAUGUGUGACUGGCUUAACUUGUUGGAGACAUGAUUUUGUUCACAAUCAACGUUUAGUUGAGAAAUAUUUGUGCCAUUGAGUUCAUAAUUGUCCAGAAAAUAAAAAUUAAUUUUC